CACAAAUAUCAGCCAAACACGGAAGACUUUCACACUGAUGAUAAAGUUGAAGAAAAAGCCCGUACCCCCUGCACAUAAAUGCAGACUGAACGUUGUUUUCGUUUACUUUGAUUAAAAAGAGGAGAAUCCGAUUAUUUUGUUGGACAUAUGGGUUGCUCAUGGAUUGGCGUCGCAGUUCCGCUUUGUUUUGCAGUUUUCUCCGUAGUUGUGGCCAUUAAUGGGCAAACGCUGGCCAUGCCGCCCCCUCUACCCACUGCCGUCGGUGUCCUCUCUUUGGCCGGGAUGGCGCUGCUUUGGAGGGACAUUAGCUCGAAAGUGAAGGGUGAUAAACGGACGUUGGGCAGUUUGUUGAGCCAAUAUGUGGCGGUGAAGGCGGUGGGUUGGCUUGGCAGGCAGCAGCGAAAGAAACUAGAAGCCGAUACGCUCAAGGUGAAGCAGGUCCAGGAGGAGACUCUGCUGAAGAGACUCCGGAAAAAUGCGGACACUUUCUAUGGAAGAAAGUAUGACUUCCGCUCUAUUGAAGACGCUGCUGGUUUCCGAGCCCGUCACCCCAUCACCACGUACGGUGACUACCGGGAGUUUAUCGAACGCAUUGCAGCUGGAGAAGAGAAGGUAAUUAUUGCUGAGCAGCCGCUGAUUCUGGCCAUGACCUCUGGGACGUCGGGACCGAGCGCCAUGUUGCUCAGCACCAAGGACACAAACACAGACUUCUUCCUGCAGGGGGUGACUGUUUGUCUAGAGGCCAUGCGGCAGGCUUUCCCUGAGUCCGACAGCCUUCAGCGCACCACCAAAUUCUUCUACACUCCCACAUUUCGCCAAUCAGAGGCAGGAAUUCCUAUCGGACCAAAUUCCUCCACGCCCUCCUCAUCUCGCCACAUCCUCAACCUCUAUACGACUCCAGCUCCUGCCUUUGAGGUUCCCAGUGAGAAGGACACUUUAUACCUGCACCUACUGUUUGCGGUGAAAGAUCCCAGUGUGGGAACGUUGGAGUCCAACUUUGCUUCUACGGUCUUCUAUGCUUUCACUGCUCUUCAGGAGCGCUGGCAGGAGCUGGUGGAGGACGUGGAGCGAGGGACGAUCAGCAGGGCCUUGACCCUGGAGCCCAAAGUGAGGAGCAGACUGGAGGCUCUAAUGAAGCCAGAUGCAGAGAGGGCUGCCCAGCUGCGGGCCCACUUCCAGGAGGGCUUUGGGGGGAUUGCCAAGCGCCUGUGGCCUCACCUGAACCUGGUGCUGGCAGUGGACUCUGGCUCCAAUCAGAUCUACGGGGAAAUGUUGAGGGAGCAUUACUGCAGAGGAGUGCCUUUCUAUUCACCCUUCUACGCUGCUACGGAGGGUCUGAUAGGGGUGAACCUGUGGCCUCAGGAACCAGACAGACGCUACCUGCUUUGUCCGCGCUCCAUGUUCUGUGAGUUCCUGCCGGAAAGCAGCCUGGAUGAAGAAACCCCCCAAACUCUGCUGAUGGAGGAGGUGAAGGAAGGAGAAAGCUACGAACUCAUCAUCACCAACACCUCAGGCCUUUUCAGAUAUCGUAUCGGAGACAUUGUGAAAGUCACUGGAUUUCAUAACCAGUGUCCAAUUGUGGAGUUUCAGUACAGACGAGGUCAGAUGCUCAACGUUCGAGGAGAGAAAGUCUCUGAGGCGUUGUUCCUCGGAGCGUUGAAGAGCGCCGUCGCUCAGUGGCCCGGAGCUCAGCUCGCCGACUACUCUUGUGCCGAGAGCGGCAUCUUGGGCGAUUCAAUAGGAGGCUCAGAUCCUCAUUACCAAGUGUUUAUAGAGCUAAAAGGAGUGAGGAAUCUAACAGAAGAACAGAGAUAUAAGCUGGACAUUUGUCUCCAGAAGGACUCUGCGGUGUAUAAGUCCUUUCGUAUAAAAGGCAGCAUCGGGCCGAUGAGGGUGCAGCUGGUGUCAGAAGGGGCGUUUAAGGAGCUUCAGAAGAAGAUGAUGGCGGACACAAGCACCUCGGCCAACACUUUCAAAAUGCAUCGUGUGCUCCGACGGAAAGAGUAUGCAGAGUUCCUGCUGCGAAAAACUAUUUCCUGAAGAUGAGACAUGAAUCAUGAACAGAAAGGAAGUGAAGUUAUAAGAUUUAAAAAGUGCCUUUGGGAGGAUUUGAACACAAAAAUUACAACAGUUUAUUUAUAUUUUAUGACGAUAAUGUAUUGGGUGUUUUUUAUUCUAUCAUGAUAAACAGAUUCACUAGAAAGAUUAAUUUUAUACAUUCAGCUUCACUUACGUGUUGAGAUUUUUUUAAGGACAUCUGCUAUUAUUCAGUAAAUACUGUAUCGGUCAUUACACAGAUCACAUUUUUAUUUCCUAAAAAAAAUACUGACAACCAUUGAAUUGAUUAAUUACAUAAAAUGUCAAUAAAAUACAGUUAAGCUUGUGGCUGUAAUUUGACAAAAUAUGAGAAAUUUGAAGGUCUAUAAGUAGUUUUGCAAGUUUUUGCAUUAAUAUGGUUUCCAACUAGAAAGUCAGUCAUAUGCAGCAUAUGAACAUUAAAUACAUUUAUUUAAGUUCUUAUAGAAACAUUUAAAGCUUAAAGGUGACAGUUGAAGAUGGCAGACAACAGAUUACACCAGAAACUUUCUACCAUGAGGGCCAAAAUGUUAAUUUGGAAGUACUUUUAGACCAAAAUAAGUAUUUUAUAGCAAAUGUUUUAUGACUUAUAAAAAGUUCAUGCACUUAUUAUUUAUCUAAAUUUAAAUGAUUAUAGAUUUUUUUUAAAAGCAUAAAAAAGGUUUUGCACAAUUAGAGUCAUAAGACAGGCACAACGUUUCUGACAUUUUGAGUUUGAUUAUUUUCUUUUUUUGAGUUAAAAUAGGUUGAUGCUUGCGGUUCUAGUUACUCCAAAGUUAAGACGAUUACAGAAACAUUGUUAAUAAAUGAGAAUCUGUUUUUUUUCUCUUUAAUAAGAUGAAAAAGUGUCCUUCUGCAACAACCACCAAUGCCUACAUUUGAGACCAGGGGCCGAACAAAAUCCUUCAGAGGGUCACAAAUGGCCCCUGGGCCGCAGUUUGGACGCCCCUGGAUUACACCAUAAUUUCCUUGUUCAGUCAAAAACUGUAAAAAUGUAUAUUGGGAACACAUUAGCAUUGCAUUGUAAACUGUUUCUGCAGCUUAAGUGAUUCUACAGUAAGUGAAGGAUGUUUCUAAGAUAGAUAACCAGUUAAAAAUAUUUUUCAGUCCUCAUUAAAGUCUGGAUUUACCUGACAGUUGUUAUGUUUUUGGUGUCCUAAGCAGCUGCUUGGAAUUGAUUCCUUGACUCCAGAGAUUUUAAGUAAUUUCAAUAAAUUCCUUCUUUGGC